AGGGAAAAGAUAAUUUCAAGAGUUGCAGCCUUGUAGGAUCAUUCUCGACGCACCCUUUCACUUUACUUACUUGAUUUUCAAGAAGUUGAGCUGUAGCUCCUUCCUCGUAAACAACGUUUUUCCCGCAACCAAUCGAAGAAAAAAACUCGCAAAAUGGUGGUCCUCCACGCUACAAAGCCCAUCUCUUUCGAAGAGAUGGAAGGACACCUGACUUCGGAAACCAUCUACACCGAAAAAGAAGAAACUUUGCCGUUUGGCGUUCCCAAUUAUUCCAUGGUGGACAGUACGGAGAGCGAGCCGGAAGAUGAAAGCAGUUUUGAGGAGAAAUUCUGCCCGACGGCCGGCAAGGACAUCGCGCAUGCUACCAGCGAUGGCGAUGAGAUGAAACCGCCACUCCACCUGGAUGCCAAAAACGAGAACACCUCCUGUGCUCCUCUCGACGUUGAUGCCUCGACUGCGGAAAUCGCCGCUGCUGUGUCCCUGCGGUUGGUCCUUGGCGGCGCGACUAAGGAGGAGGACAACCAGCAUUGCGGUGGAUCCUUCAAUCCGUUUUGUACGGCGGUUGCUCUGGUGCUCGUUUUUUACGGUUUCCUGCUCGCUUGCCUCUUCCUUUACUUCGUGGAGUAUUUGUUGAUGCUGUUGUCUGUUGAGCCGCGCGCUCCGGACCUCAUCGACUUUGUGGAACAACUGACGGAUCAUGCUUCCGGUGGCCGCCUGGACGAUGAUCUACUGGACUGGUAUGAGGAGCAAGACGCGACUGAGGCGGCGGCCAUGCUGGAGCGAAAGCAGACGUCGUCAACGUGGACUCAUGUCGGUCACGGGCGCUGGGUCAAGGGGGCGGGCAAAGAAGCGUGA